GCAGUUCGGAAUUAUUUCAAAAGCGCAUUUCUUCCAAAAAGCUUGGCAUGCCAUAGUCCAUUUCCACUUAUUUUGGGUAAAAUGAAUACUGCACAGAGCCCUGUCUAUCAAACCUCUGUCGAGCAAAAGCGACAUGCUCAGGAUGUGGCCAAAAGAAAGAGGAUGGGUGCCCAAAUGCCAAAACUGCGCGAGAUGCUGCGGGAGAAGUACCGGAAGCGCAUCAUAGAAACGCGCAACAAGUGUACGGAUGCAAACCGCGACAUACAAUUGUCAGAGCUGAAGGAAAUAUUGCGCUUAGAACUAAGUGAGUUCGAGCACGAUUUGGAACUGGAGCAGCUUGUCCUGGAUGAACUACUCUCGGAUGUGAACGAAUGGUAUGCUCUGGGCGAACAGAAUGUGGAGACCUUGUACGAAGAGUCUGAAGAUGGACAGCCAAAGGAUGUCCUGUGUCCAGUUUGCCUCGUCAAACCUUUGCAGCGUGGCAAAGCUAACUACAAUUGCGAGUGUGGCGUACAAUUUGAACACUCUGCUACUAUGGAGGAGCUAGAAGGAUUGCUGCACAAACAGAUAUCCGCCCACGAGCUCCAUUGCACUCAGGCAUUGCGCUUCUUUAUUGAACCAUCCUCUGGCCAAUUGUAUAACAUGUGCGGAUCUUGUGAUUACUUCUCAUCCGUUUAAUGAAAACUCCCUGCCCCCA